UCGAGCUGCGCUCUGUAGGGAGUUUUCCCCGCCGCUACAAGCGGUGGUGGUGGCAGUUCGGGAGGUGAAGCGGCGGAGAAGAGGAAUGGCCGGUAUUUCACGGUUGUACAGCCGUUAUCUCUGUACACACACCCGCCGCCGCGUCUGUGGGCCGCGGCUCCCGGAGCGCGGGAGGAGCCGGGAGCCCGCGGGGUUUAUCGCAGCCACGCCCGCCCCUGUGCUGUGCUCCUCACAGCCUCCGCUGGGAGUCUGGGAAUUUACAAAACUUGGAUGGUUUUGAAAUUGAACAAAAGACUGGAAUUUAGAAUAAUCUUCAUAUUUCUCUGAAUAAGAAGUAACAAUGGAACGAAGGCAAAGAGGAGUCAGUGCUGGACUGCUUUUGCUGCUUUAUCAAAUUUAUCAAGUUGGAUUCCAGAACAUUCCUUCUGUUACCCUUGGGGUACUUGUACUGAAUAUUUUUCUCUUUCUGAGUCCUUUGAGGCCCCUGACUGAAGUGUGUCUCAGUGUAAAUGAAGCUGUCCACAGACAGAACUGGCAGCGUUUGCUGCUUGCUCCUUUCCACCAUGCAGAUGAUUGGCAUUUGUAUUAUAACAUGAUUUCCAUGCUUUGGAAAGGCAUAAUGCUGGAAAGAAAGCUGAAGAGCAUAUGGUUUGCCUACAUAAUUGCAGUAUUUUCAGUACUGAUUGGAGUAGUUUACAUAGUGCUGGAGUUCCUGCUUGUGAUAAUUCUGGAUGAUCCUUCCUAUGGAAUGAAUUGUGGUGUAGGUUUUUCAGGAGUCUUGUUUGCUUUGAAAGUUCUGAACAACCAUUAUAAUCCAGGAAGAGUGAGCAGUGUCUUUGGAUUGCCGAUAUCCAGUAGAUACGCUUGUUGGGUGGAGCUGGUGGCUAUUCAUUUAAUCUCCCCAGGGACUUCUUUUGCUGGGCAUCUGUCAGGGAUUCUUGUUGGAUUGAUGUACACUAUGGGACCUCUGAAAAAGAUCAUGCGAGCCUGUGCAGCUGGCAUUUCUUUCUUCACUGAGCCUGACAGGCCAAGGGACUACUAUUCAGAGUACUAUGGCUAUUAUCCAGAUUAUCAAUACAGAACUCCAAGGAACUACUUUGAUUAUACAGGUGGGCUCACUGAAGAAGAACAGCUUGAAAGGGCAGUGCUAAACAGCCUUAAUGAAAGAGAUUUUGGUGGAGGAACACACAAUAAUGAGCGGCAACCUUAUGGGUUUUGGUUCCCACCUGAGAACUCAGAAGAGAACAUGAGAAGGCAAAGGCUUCGUAGGUUUGACAUACGAUGAGGUUGGCAGGUGUUGAUGUAAAGUGCUAUUCAGACUUACCAAAAUAUUUACAGAUUUAUUUGUGAACUGUAAUUUACAGAAUAACUUAUAAUCUUUCUUCAAUUUUUUUUACUACUUGUUGCAAAACUGCAUAGGAUUUUAUGAGUUCAGACUCAGAGUUGGAACUUGAAUAAGAAAUCUGAGAUAAGAAUCAUAAUGUGGUCUUUGGCUGUCUCCAUCUUAAUGCACCUUAAAUGGAAGAAGACUGAUGGUUUUACCAAACUGUCUUUUUUUCCUUAAAUUAUUUUGUAUAGCUUAAAGAAUUCCUUGGUUUUUUGACUGCUGAUGUUCUCAGACAACAGGUUUUCUUCAUCCAUUGCAGCUGAAACGUUACAUGUUCUAUGGAACUUUAAAACUAUGCAAUUUUUCCUUACAAAUCUUUCUC